AUGUCUGGCAACGAUAACCCCGGAAACUUCGCCAACCGCCCCAAGGAGGAGGUUCAAAGCAUUGCGCAGAAGGGCGGACAGUCCAGCCACACCGGUGGCUUCGCCAGCAUGCCCAAGGAAAAGGUGCAGGAAAUCGCAUCCAAGGGUGGACAGGCCUCCAGUGGCUCCUUCGAGCCCGGCAGUGAGAAGGCUCGUGAGGCCGGACGCAAGGGUGGUUCCAAGUAA